AUGUCUAUGGAUGAAAACACAUCAUUAGAAACAUUGAGAGACGUUCUUGUCAAUGCCAGCGGGAAAACUCCACUGGCAGAUCGGUUUAGAGCUCUCUUUUAUUUGAAAUCCAUUGGUACUGAAUUCAAGGAAACCCCAGAGAGAGCCAGAACAGCCAUAAAGUACAUUGCCGAGGCGUUUGGGGACAGUUCGGAGCUGUUAAAACAUGAGGUUGCCUAUUGUUUAGGCCAGACUCAUAAUCUUGAGUCAGCUCCAAUUUUGAGAGACGUGUUGGCCGACAAACACCAACAGUGUAUGGUGAGACAUGAAGCAGCUGAAGCUCUAGGAGCCUUGGGAGACAAAGACUCGCUUGAGAUAUUGUCACGGUACUUCCAAGACCCACAGGAAAUGGUUGAGAUCAAACAAACCUGCGAGUUGGCAAUUGAGAGAAUCAAGUGGGAAAAUUCCAACUUAAGUAAAGAGGAGAUCUUACAGAAGUCCCUCUACGAGUCGGUCGAUCCUGCACCCCCUCUGCCACUGGACAAGUCCACCGACAAAGUCGAGAACUUACAACGGAUCUUAAACGAUACAAACGAGCCACUGUUUCAAAGAUACAGAGCAAUGUUUCGUUUGAGAGAUUUGGGGACUGACGAAGCUUGUCUUGCUUUAGCGUCUGGCUUUAGUGAUGAUUCGGCCCUCUUCAAACACGAAAUCGCUUACAUCUUUGGUCAAAUGUGUAAUCCAGUCACUGUUCCAAGUUUGGUCGAUGUUGUCCAGCGCCAAAAUGAAGCUCCAAUGGUGAGACACGAGGCUGCCGAAGCUUUGGGAUCUAUUGCAACCUCUGAUACGUUGCCUGUCUUGAAGGCUCUCUUGAAGGACAACGACGAGGUCGUUAGAGACAGUGCAGUAGUGGCUCUGGACAUGUGGGAAUAUGAAAACAGUGGCGAAAUCGAGUACGCCAAGGUGUAA